AUGCUAAGAGGGAGGGAUCAUAGUAAAGAAAAACAGAUUGCCAUCAUAUACUUUUAUGAAGAACUACCGGUGCGGACUAUUGGGAAGAUUGUACUAGAAGCUUCGGCCACCCUUGACAGAUACAUAUCUAUUAGCAUCCGUGCGAACCACAUGGAUAUGACUAAGUUCCUAAGCAAUGAAGAUCCAGACUAUCGAAACGUACUUUCCGAGCUUCAGAGGUUCAUCGAGUCUGGUCAGCAUCAAUCGAAAAGGGUGGUCUCAGCGUCUCCUGAAUCCUCCAACAAUGGAGAAAAACCUCACCGUGAAAUACAGAAAGAGAUUUCUUCAGCAGGGGAGCAAGAUCAGGCUGCUGUGCAUGGAAAAGCCAGUUCAAAGGAGUCAACCAAAUUGGUCAACAACUUUUCUGGCAAUCUUGAUUCCGGGGGAGGAAAAAUGAUUCAAGGGAAUACAUUCAAUUCAGGAGGCGGGUCAAUGAGCUUUUGA